AUGAGUAACACCACCAUAGAUGAUACCGCCUUGACUUCUAUCUCUUAUGUGGGUGGUAAUUGGCAUACACAAAUCACAGGAGGAAUAGAUCCUUCUAUUUACUACGACCAAACAUUUCAUACGACUUGUCAGGAUCAAGAUUAUUUUACUUAUACAUUUACGGAUACCGUUUACUUUUAUAGUGUCUUUAGAUCUAUUAAAGGCUGGUAUUCCGUCAGUCUGGACGGUGAAUCGAAACAGUAUUACAACGGAUACAAUGUGGACGUCGUAGCGCCUGCCUUGUUAUGGAAUAUGAAGUCCGAUGGGAAAUCACACGUCGUCACGAUGUACAAUGAACCGACUUACAAUCCUAUAGCCAAUGCCAAUUGUUUUGGAUUGGAUUAUAUUAUCCUGGAAAGUCAAAGUGCGACGAACGUCAAUAAUAUGGCGACUUCAACUUCAACUUCUACGUCGUCCACGACUUUACAAACUUCGAAAACCUCUUCUCAGUCUAUUUCUGCAUCCCCAUCUUCCACAUCCAUUAGUAAAUCCGUCCCAUCUCUACCAUCGGGUCAAGCUUCCCAAAGUGUCUCCUCGACACCCAUGCCCGAUCUUGCAGGUUCUUCCAGUCCGAGCUCAGCUUCUUCUCCUUCAACACAACAGCAAGGCACGACGAUCCAAAACAGCAUCUCCUCGUCUGUGAACCCCACGUCCAUAUUAGAGAUGGGAAGUCCACAUACCAAGGACAUUUCUGCCAGUUCCGUCAUCGUGGCUAUUGGAUCUGGAACAAAUACUCAUCCUCCUAUUUCCUCGGUCUUAUUCCCAUUUUUACUCCUUGUCAUCCUUUUAAGAAGGUGA